AUGAGAUGGCGAUGCAGGCGGCGGGAUUGGAGGUGGGAUUUUGUCAUUAUUUUGUCAUAUUUGUCAUUGUUUUGUCAUAUUUGUCAUUAUUUUGUCAUAUUUGUCAUUUGUCAUCAGGCGUUCUCGAAACAGUUCGAUGUGACGCAAAUUCUACGCGAGAAUCCGGACGUAUUGAAUGUGUUGGCGAAUUUUCCGUUUUUAUUCAACAAUUUCAACAGUUCGGAGAAGAUGACAGCAGAGGAGGCGGCGGAACGGAGCGCGAAGAGCAGUCCUGAUAUUAAUUUCAGGUUGUGUUUUGUUAAUUUUAGCAGUUGCCAUGACACGCAAUCAGACGACUGGUUUGUGUGUUUCAAAGGGCCGAGCGUGCUAGCGACAGCUCUUGCAGCCUCAUUAAACGUGAUCUCGAGGGGACUUAAUGAGGAUGGCUAUGAAUAUUACGAUUGCCUGAAUCGUCUCCGUUUCAAGUGUAGUUAUCGGGUGAGGAUGCGGAGAUAUGGGGAGAGUUUUGUGUGUGAGGAGUUUGGGGUGCAUAGGCAUAAGGCAGAUACUCAGGUACCGCUCUCGUCGACGGGGUUGCCGAGGUCAAUGAGGGAAAUAGUAGAUGAGUCGUUUCGCUGC